GUCAUGGUGCAAUCAUGUUUUUUUUAAACACCGAGAUGUGCUUUGUUACCCAGUUGACAAUUUAUUUGACAUUAAUUGACAAUUUUCUUUUUUAAUCAAACGCAAGUACAGGAAAAUUAAAAAAACCCUUAAAUAUGUCUCUCGUUUUAAUAAAAGAUCACAAUGAGAAUAUUUUCAAUGUUAUCGCAACUCCAACGGAUCAUGUUGUUGUGAAAGAAGAAGUGUACGAGAGCCACGCUUAUAAAAAGCUGUUAAGCGAACGAAAAGAUCCGAGAAAAAAUCAAAAACGUGGCACUUUUGGUUUACCACAUUUACCACGUCCCGAUCCACAUAAUUUUUUAAAAAAACGCACCUUCAAACCACCAAUGUUUCCUUUGGAUGUAAUUGAUCCGGAUCAUGGAAAGCAUCGUCGUGUAAAAGUUGCAAGGCUGAUUCCAACACCCAUGAGAGAUGAUGUGUUAAAAGAGCAAGAUGAGAAAUUAUCGCGUUGGAGACCUAAAAAUAUGAUUAAAAAAAACAUUGAGUAUGCCAUUAAAAUGAUUCCGAAAGUUCCAGAACGAGUUACAAUGAUUGAUAAUAAAGGUACAAGAAUUCCAUUAAAACCAGGUUUGGAACCAACGUUUGUUCCAACCCCUGCUUACGGAAAUUUGCCCCCUUAUUUGGAACAUUUGGCUAAACAGAGAGAAAAGAAUCGGUUAAAACAGGAACAAAUAGCGGAUAGUUUUCAACCGAUUUGUCGCUAUUUGAUAAGGGAUAAAAGGAGAUCUUUAUUGGAGGGUUUGAAACAAAAUUGGGCCGAGUUGCAAAGAUUAUAUUCCGUAUUACCAACUGUAACUGACACCAUACCGAAAAUAACACGAAAAUCGAAAUUAGAAGCGGAUUUAAAACAACUUGAGGCUGAUAUUGUUUUGCUCGAAAGACAUCCUUAUAUUUAUAUUUACCCUGAUGAUGAUUUGGAUAAAAAAGCUUAA